AUGAAACAGCAGGAAGAUUCUAUCACGGUCCCCGUCACGACUCCAGCCACCCUGGCGCACACAGGCAAUAACACCGAGCACUUGUCCAAGUUGCAAGACGAAUACGACGUCCAAAGUUCACGUCUCAACGAGGCUUUGGCCACAAUAAAUAAGCUGAAAGCCGACUUCGAGUCGUUCAUCGGUUUAAACAGACAGCAGCAGAUUGUCGCAGCUACCAUCCCCGCGAUUCAAAGCAAGCUUCAGCAAAUUACCACCAAGCUCUCCGGCCUUGAUACAUCAGGUAAGCUAGACUCGGCCAUCCGGGACAUCUUGGACCAUGGGCGCUGGCUGAAACGGGAUGAAGAUGAGCUCGAGAAGCACAACCGCUGGUUCAGACAAGACAACAAGAGUGUCAGAAGACUCGAAGGCCGUGUGUUCGAAUGCGAGCAUUUGCUGGACAUCGAAGCACCUCAAUACAGUAACAUUGAGGAGGACAACGCAGCCAACGGCGAAACCAACAGCACCGGCGAGAUCGUCUCGCUCGACGAUACUGCAACUUCUGAAGACUUCCGAGCACCCUCAUCGCCGCCUGCAGAAGUCGCUCAGUAUUUCGCAGUCGGCAUUCGUCUUCGGAUCCACCUCGCCCGAGCCUCCUCGCAAUCGUCCUCUGAAAGCCUGCAGGCCCUCUUCCCGCCGCGCCGCACUUCCCCGACACCCUCUGAGCUCCUCCCUAGUCUGUCCUCUCUCGAGUCCUCGGCUUCUGCCAAAGAUCCUGAUGCCCAGGAGAUAGAGUUCGACUCUUACGCCACCUCCAUGGUCCUAGGAUAUUUGGCAGAAGCCAAGGUGCGUUCUGAGAGUGACGAAGAGGCUGGAACUCAGGGGCGAAGUGAUGUUGAUGGCGACGGUGAGAGCGAUGAUGAUGCAUACGGUCCCAUCGGAAGCGCAGACAGCGUGGUCUUGUGA